AUGGACGGCUCGCCACGAAAGGGCGAAGCGGCUGGCGAUGCAACCUCUGCCGAGCAGCUGUGGGUGGAGGAGAACUGCCUGGAGGGCACGAAGGAAGACGCCUCCAUCAGCCCGCCGGCCUUCGCCUUCAUUGGCAACGCUCACCUCAUCACCAGUGACUCCAAGAAGCGCCAGAAGGCACUGGUGGCUCUGGGACGGUUCCGCAUCUUCGUCAUUGUCAAGUCAGCUCUGGGUCGGCGAAAGGUCAAGGUCAACUGCCCUCUGUUCGAUCUGCUCGAGGUGAACGGAAGCAAAGAAGCGUUGACGCUGAUCUAUUGCGGCAAACGAACUACGGGCUACCACAUGCACUGCACCAUGUUUCCCAAUGGCAAACUGGGCUGCAAGAAGCAAUUCAUUCUCAUGGCCACCACCUUGCCCCUCUUUCUGCUCGCUCUGCGGACGGCCUUUGACAAGAUCGCCCCCACCUUCGCUGCGAGCGAUACGUUCAAGAUCGGCCUCAACAGCUCUGAGCUGCUGCCGUUCACGCCCACCGGAGCCAAUAGCAUAGCCGCUGGCUUCCUGGAGACGUAUCAAGCGUACUGCGAUCUACGAAAGACGCCGGUGAGCCUACAGGUGAUUAGCUACUUGCAGGAUCUCGUCGUGCGCCAGAAGUCGACCGAGCUCAACCUCAACGACAUUCCUGGCAUCCACCCGUCUUCUUCAAUCAGCUUCGAUUUGGGCGCCGUAUUUGGUGCACUCGAGCAAAACCAAUACUUCACCUCACUUAAAAUCGAAGCCAUAUCGGGACACAAGGACGUGUUCCUUUACGCGGCCAACGCCCUGCGCAGGAAUGAAAGUCUCACUCGUUUGCACAUGGCCUCUGUGGACCCUUGCCCAAGCAAUCACUUUGCCGAGUUCUGUCAGGGCUUGCGCUUCAAUCCGGCUUCCGCCGUUCAGGUGCUGGUGCUGCGCGGCAGCAACCUGGGCACCGCGGGCGCACUUCACCUCGCCGAUGCCCUCCAGAGCCUCAAGCACGGCCUUCCAGUGCUGGACAUAUCCUCCUGCCACAUCGGCCCGAAGGGGAUGUUGGCCAUCUUUUCUUCGUUCAUGCGAAACUUCUCCAUGUCGCUGACCAUCACGUCGCUGGACAUCUCUCGCAACAAAUGCGACGACCCCUGCUCGGACCUUUUCGCGCAGUGGCUGAAUGCGGUGAAGGAGUACAGCCCGCUCCAGCGUUUGGUCAUAGCCGACCUAUCUCUCAACUACACCCUCAUCGGGUCAGCCCUACGUCACUUCAAGUUGGUGCGAACGGUGUGCGAAGUGAGCCGUACCCUCGCUACGAUCGACCUGUCCUCGUGCCAUCUCGCCGGCGAGCAUGUGGCGCUCGUGGCCAAGGCCGUUGGAGAAAAUGGAAGCCUCCGGUCGGUCCGCCUCAACCUGGCCAAGAACGACUUCGCCAGAAAGGACUGCUCGACGUUUGCCGGCUUCAUCAGGCAAUGCAAGAACGUGGCCUACCUUGAUCUCUCCCACAACAAGAUCCGUGCGUUGCGUUUGGCUGGCGGGUGGGGUCCGGCGAUGGACGCAUUCCUGUCGCUCAUCGCCAAGAACGAGACCCUCGAGGUGUUGGAUAUCAGCGACAACAAGCUGGGCGACAAGGGUGCGGCACUGAUCGCCAACCUGUUGACCACGAACCCCAUCCUCAAGCGCCUCGUGGUGGAUGGCAACGGCUUCACCAUCAGCGGAUUUCAGGCCAUCGCGCUCGGGCUCGUCACCAACACCACCCUUGUUCAGAUGGGCUUCCCCUGGCAAGACUUUGACAAGGCCUGCAGCUCUAUACCCUCGCCGAAGCAGCCGCACCUCGACAACCUGCGCCAGAAUGUGAUGGAGGUGCAAGUUGCGCUGAGCAGGAACAUGUACGGCCACUCCUCCGUUCAGUCCUUCGAACUCAACCCCGACGAAACACAGGUUCCUGCCCCUGCGGCCAAAGCCUCGCCUCUGGCUCAAGUCCCUGCCGAGAACGAAGCGCCUCCGCUGCCGCCCUACGCCGGCGAGUCCUCCGGGUCGGUGGUGCUCUCGCCCCGCUCGGGGUCUGCCGACGACAUCGGGACCUGCCCCCCGCCCACUCCCGGCUACGAGUACUUCGCCCCGCCGCCCUACGUAGGUCCGGGGAUGGACGGAGCCGACGACGUCGCGCCGCACAUGUCCCCCAUCCCCGCUCCGCCUCCGCGAGACGACUGA